CAGACUCAGAAUCAAAAUGCAACAUUACAUCGACACACUUCUUCUUCAUUUAUCUCUCUUUCUUUUUCCUCAUUUCACUUCCUCUUUCUUUCUUCAAACCGAAGCCAUGUCGGAUCGAUUCUUUCCCAACCCAAUGCCCGAAUUCGUACCCGAAGCAACGCCGUCAACUCAACAUGAACUACACGAAGCAAUCACCGUUACAACCGGUGACUCACUUCACAAGCUCCUCGCCAUGCCUCACGCUCCACUCUCCGAGCGUCUCAAACGCGCUGCCUUAGACCUCAAACAAACCAUAGUGAUGGAAACGUGGGGCUUUACUGAGCAACGCGUUGGUGACUUCACUCUCUAUUGUGGACUUCUUGGAACCGCUUUUCUCCUUUUCAAGUCUUACAAUGUCACCCAAAAUGCAAACGAUCUAACACUUUGCUCCCAGAUUAUCAAGGCUUGUGAUACUGCUUCUCUUUAUUCUAGGGAGGUGAGUUUUAUUUGUGGGCGUGCUGGUGUUUGUGCCCUUGGGGCUGUGGCUGCUAAACAUGCUGGUAAUGAUGAGUCCUUGAGGUACUACUUGGCUCAGUUCCAAAAGAUUAAGCUACCAAAGGAUCUUCCUGAUGAGUUGCUAUACGGGAGAGUUGGUUUUCUAUGGGCAUGUUUGUUCUUAAACAAGCACCUUGGUCAAGGGACUGUUCCCUCUAGUUAUACUGCCCCAGUUGUGGAUGAAAUUAUAAAAAAUGGAAGGGCGUUGGGACGAAAAGGAAAAUGUCCUUUGAUGUUUGAGUGGUACGGAGAGAAGUAUUGGGGUGCUGCACAUGGAUUGGUUGGGAUUAUGCAUGUCCUUAUGGAUAUGGAGCUGAAGCCUGAUCAGCUUGAGGAUGUUAGGGAUACUCUUAAAUACAUGAUACUUAACCGCUUUCCUAGUGGAAACUAUCCAGCUAGCGAAGGAGAUAAGAAGAGGGAUGAACUUGUGCAUUGGUGCCAUGGAGCUCCUGGAGUGGCUCUCACACUUGUCAAAGCAUCUAAGGUUUUUGGAGAUGAAGAAUUCUUGGAUGCAGCUAUGGAAGCAGCCGAUGUGGUUUGGAGUCGCGGUUUGCUCAAGCGAGUUGGAAUGUGCCAUGGCAUCAGUGGGAAUGCAUAUGUCUUCCUGUCACUUUACCAACUUACUGGGAAUGCGAAGUAUCUAUACAAAGCCAAAGCUUUUGCUUGCUUUUUGCUCGAUAGAGCUCAUAAGUUGAUAUCUCGAGGUGAAAUGCAUGGAGGCGAUAGACCUUAUUCACUGUUUGAAGGUGUGGGAGGUAUGGCUUAUCUCUUUUUGGACAUGGUUGAUCCUUCUCAGUCUAAAUUUCCUGCUUAUGAACUAUGAGAAUCUGUGCGAUUUGGAUGGGGUGAUUGUUAUAUAAUAUGACAAAGGUAAUUUGGAGUGAUGUUACACAAAAUGAAAAACAAAUACAAUACUUUGACAUUGUAUAAAAAACAAAACGUGACUGGCAAUGUAUUUUAUACGGUAUUGUACUUGUGUACUUGUGUCUUAUUUUAUGUGUUGGGUUCUAAUAA